AUGGUAAAAGUAACGAAGGAGGAUUUGGAGAAGUUGGAGAUCAAGGAGGAGGAGCAGGAAGAGCUUCUGAAAUACAUUUCAGAUGACAGCGAUGAAGACGAAGAAGCUCUUACAAAAAAGCUGGAGGCUUUUGAGCCUCUGCUGCAGAUGGACGACCGAUUCCCAGACACAGUGAUCAUGGUUGGAGUCCCGCUGGUGGGCGCGGACCGGCUGGAGAAGCUGACGGCGGUGCUGCGGAAGAAGAUAGCGGACGAGUUGUCUCGCAAGGGCGGCGAAGACGUCGAGGGUUCCUUCUUGAUUGAACUUCCGAUGAACUCCGACAAAACCCUAACUCGGGGUUGUUGUUUUUUGACAUUUCCGAGUGUAUAUGCAGCUCAGCAUGCAGCCAGGGCCCUCAACGGAUACAAGAUCGACAAAAGACAUACUUUUCGAGCAGCUCUUCUUGACGAGUUCGACGAGAUUGUCGCCAGAGACAAGGACUACAAGCCCGCCAUCACGCUCCGCGGGUUUACGCGGGAGGACGUGCGUUGGUGGCUGAGCGACGCGCGGUUUCGCGAACAGUUCGUGCUGCGCUUCGACUCCGAAACGGAGGUUUACUGGCUAGACCCUCUCGAGGGAAACCCUUGCACUCUUUGCUACGAUGGCCAAAAAGAAAAGCAAGACGGAAAGGCGGUUUGGACCGAACUCAAGGUCCAGUGGUCCCCCCAGGGCUCCUUCCUCGCCACCUUCCACAGACAGGGUAUUGCCCUGUGGGCCGGCAGGAACUUCGAGAAGAAGGCGCGGCUGGAGCACAAGGAAGUCAAGCAGAUCAUGUUCUCCCCGAAAGAGACUUACAUGCUCUCUUGGGAUGGAACCCCAGCAUCAAUGCGAAACGAAAAGGCGUUUAAGACAUGGAACGUGAUGACGGGUGAGAUGCUGCGGCAGUUCGCCACGCCCGCAGCCACUCCAAGAGGCACUGAAUUUCCUCACUUUUUAUUUUCUCAUGAUGAAAAGUACUUGGCGAAAAUUGGAGACAAAGAAUUGUGCAUUUACGCAAUGGACCCCAAGGACAACUUCCCGGACCAGGCCGCCGACGAGGACGUUACUCCUGUGA